UUACGUAUAAUGUAAUCUAAUCGUGGACUUUAAUCGAUACUUGGGGACCGGCCGCAAAUUACUAUCAUUUAUUUGAACACAUUCCGGCCGGCUUACCACAUAAGUGUGCUAUCUUAAGUGUGUGUCGAAAUAUUUUGGAACUAUGAGCCUGUUGGAAAACGAACAUUUUGAAAGAUUCCACACUUUCAUGAUGGCGAACUGGUCAGCAAUGGGUUCCGUAAUCCUGCCCAACGUUGGCGGAUGGGCUAACGGCUUAUACUUUGCGGGUCAAAUCCGCAAGGGUGAAGACAAAGCUUGGUACGAUGAGCUGAAGAAACCGUCUUGGAACCCCCCCAAGUGGGUGUUUGGACCAGCAUGGACUGUUUUGUACAGCAGCAUGGGUUACGCUUCGUAUUUAGUUUAUGAAGAAGUUGGUGGAUUCCAAGAUGAAGCAGUGUUGCCCCUGACUCUGUACGGAGGUCAGUUGCUUCUCAACUGGGCGUGGACACCCAUCUUCUUCGGCUUGAAGGACUUUAAACUGGCCUUCAUCGAGAUCUCAGUGCUGUCCGGAGCAGCCGUGGCGACCACACUGUCGUUCUUCCCCGUGAACCGCACGGCUGGGCUGCUCAUGCUACCCUACUUGGCGUGGCUGGGGUAUGCCAGCUCGCUGUCAUACUACAUCUGGAAGAACAACCCCAAGGUUGAGGUCCGGGAGAUCAAGGAUGAGAAGAGUCAGUGAAGAUAACAAUCAGCAAUUAAAAAAGCGCUUAUAACUUAACUAUUUUCUUAAGUCAACGAUCAAGAACGUGUUCUUAGUUUUAGAUGCAUAUUUCACGCGACAAGUGCAAUUUCUAUCAAUUUAUUUUAAUUAAUAAUAAUAAUAACUAGGUGAUAGCUUGCUAUUGGUAAGGUUUUGGACUGUUAAGACAGUAAAUUGGGUUAAAUCUAUAACAUAAAGAGCAUAUGAAGCCUUGAAUUGUGGCCUAACCAUAUAGGACCGUUUAAACUGACGGGUUGUAAUGCGGCCUAAGUGGUUAUUAUGCGGCCUAGGUGGUUAUUAUGCGGCUUAGGUGGUUUUAAUGCGGCCUAGGUGGUUAUAAUGCGGCCUAGGUGGUUAUAAUGCGGCCUAGGUGGUUAUAAUGCGGCUUAGGUGGUUAUAAUGCGGCUUAGGUGGUUUUAAUGCGGCCUAGGUGGUUUUAAUGCGGCCUAGGUGGUUAUAAUGCGGCCUAGGUGGUUAUAAUGCGGCCUAGGUGGU